AUCAUGUUGGGAAUUCGGUCUGUGUAGAAAGUUUUUCAGUAAAAGUCACUUGUUUUUUCAAAAAGUUAAAAUUUUCCAGUAAUUGUCACCUAUAAUGGAAAAUCAAGAUUUUUCGCGGGUAGUGGCAUGACGGCAACAAAAAGUCCGGCAAGCAUUGUUCAAAAUGUCAACAUGGAAAACGAGCUAGGAACAAUGCAGAAACCGCCAAAGCUUAUGAACUUAGAUGAGUAUGCCGGAUGGUCGGGUCGAUUCAAGAAUUGGGUCCAAGCCAACCAUUUUGAGUGUUGGAUGAAAAUAGAGAAAAAAUACGUUCCACCUGUUGAUGGAUUGGGCUUAGAGAAAGGCAUUGGAAGUUUGACUGAGACUGAACAUAAUGAUUUUAAGGCUGAGAAGAAGAUGGUCAGUAUCCUCCAACAGGCCAUAAAAGGAGAUAUUCUUGUGCUGUUACAACAUGAUGACAACUCGCAAUCGAUGUGGCAAGCAUUAAAGUUGAAGUUCCAAGGCAGCGUAUCUAUGAUCAAAAGCAAGAAAGCCUUGAUCAAGAAAGAGUUUGACAUCUUUACCGGGAUGAAGGGUGAAACAACGAAGCAGUUGAUUGAACGUUAUUGCCAUCUUGUGGUAGAGAUGAAAAGAUUGGAGAUUACAAAGACAAACGAGGAAUGGAUCGACAAGUUGUCCGACGCAUUACCUUAUGAUGAAUGGGGCACAUACUUAAUGAUGUUGAAAAACAACUCGGAUUUCGUGAAUUUGAAUCUCAGCUCAUUCAUUGAAAAGAUAGAAGCUCAUGAGUUGGAGUUGUUGAAGAUCAAGAAGAUGAAUUCAGCAAAUGUACAACAAGAUGUAUCACUUUACUACAAAGGAAGCACUCCUGUUGCAACAAACCAGAGUCCAAAGAUACAAACGGCUUUUAGUGCUGAUACAAAUUCAAGUGCUUCUACAAACACUCCACAAUCAAACAAGCCUUCACCGUUCGUAAACUAUGAGCCAAACUUUAAAGCUUAAGAGCAGACAUCACCUCAAAGCUCUACAAGUUCCAACAAUCAGGCUUAUGUUUCUGGGGUGCAAUGCAACAUCACGGUGAAUAUUAAGAAUGGAAAUGAAAUUACUGAAACAACCACAAAACAACACAUUGCAUUACUUGCUUCUGUUUUAGAGGCGUAUGAAGGUUUAGUCGCGGGUAGGAUCAGAAAUCCGGAUAUGACAAAAGAGGAUUACGAUCAGAUCGACCCGGAAGAGCUUGAGUUGAUUGAUAUAAAAUGGUGCAUGGCAAGUCUGGUUAGGAGGGCGCAACGCUUUAUGGAGAUCAUAGGCAGAAACAGUCUCUCUGGUCCUGAUCAGAAGCUUGGUUUCGACAAAUCAAAAGUUACCUGCUUCAAGUGUAAAGAACGUGGCCAUUUCAAGAGAGAAUGUCCGAACCGAGAAGUGAACAACCAUUAGAACCCGUUCACGGCAGGCGAUCUAUCAUCGGCCUAACCAACAAUCUGUUGUUCAGAGACCGCAAAUCGAGAACAAACCGGAGAAGGCUCUUAUCGUGAAUCAGGAUGAUGAAAAAGUAGCCGAAGGUUUUAGCUGGGAUAAAUACAUCCCUGGAAGUGAUGGGCAGGCCAUGAUGGCAGAAAUAGUUGAAGUACCGGAGAUAGUGACUGAGCCAGAAAUGAUUGUUGAAGAUGUUCCAGUGGUUGUUGAAGAUGUUUCUGUUGAGAAUGUGGUUGACAUUGAAGAAAUUCCUGCAGAAGUUUACUAUUACCAAUCAGAAUAGGAGGUAUUGGAAAGUUCUAUGAAAUCAAUAAUGCCUCCUAAAGUUUUUGAAUCUUUUGCAGGAUUUUUCGAAGAACCGAUGACUGGAUCGUGUCCAAGAUACGAAGAAAAGAAAGAAGCUGUCGAGGAAAUGAUAGAUGUGACAAAAGAGUUGACCGGAGACACGUUGAAAGAUAUCGCUGACAGAGCUCUCAUGGGAAAGCUAAAAGAGGGGCUGCCCAGGUCUAUCCUUUCGAAGUGGAUCAUGGACAGUGGUGCAUCGAGACAUAUGACAGGGAUGCUAGCUCUACUUUACGACGUCAAAUCAAUAAAUGGAAGUUAUGUGGGCUUCGCCGGAAAUCAAGGCGGCAGAAUUGUUGGACAGGGAACAUUGUGUGACAACCGUCAAUUUUGCAUGCAUCCGUACAAUUAAUUAAUUUUAAUUACGAGCUUAAUGACU